AUGCUCGCCGAUGCGCUCCCUACAGUGCCGCCAACUAACCGUUGCAAACGCCCUCGAAAUGGAGCUGAAAAACAAGCGCAAUGGAAAUCCACCUACAGCAUCAACUGUGGCAGGGGCCACAUUCUGGAGGCCCCAACCCCGCUCGCAAAUGAACUAAGAGAUACGUCAAACAAUACAAAACCAGAAAGAGAAGUAAACCCUGAACACAAAACUAAGAAACGUUCCGGGGCCGCUAGGCGUGCAGCACGUAAACGACGCUUAUUAGAAGCUGGAAUUGGUUCACUGGCAAGUGCUGGUAAUCCCGAAAACAAUCAAACUCCACGCUCUGAAGAAGAAGUUCAAACUCCGGAGGACACUAUAUCCUUUAAGAGAACAAAAUAUGAAGCCACUAGCCAGGUGUCGAAUGAGGGCGCUAGCAAUAGUCCCACAACUCCAAAGACCGUUACGAGGGAUAUUGUCACCUCUAGUGGUGAGGAAAAAGCUAAGAGAUCAAGCGCGGAGACGAACAAUCACUUUAACUACGCCGUUAUCGAUGCAGAGAGACCGGGAGGCAGCAUGUCGGGCGAGCAGCAGACUAAGUUUGAGGCGGCGUUCAGUGAUGGUCUAAUGGAUCUAAUCCUGUCGUCGUCCUCGGAUAGGUCUGUCUUCAAAAUCGAUACUGCACGCUUCGAGAAAGGUGUUUUUCGGCUGGCCAUAAACACCGUCGAAGAUGUGGAAGCCAUUCGUUCCAUGGUGGAGGCUCUUCCACAGUUAUGGGAUAAAUCCAAGCUACGCCUUGUGAGUGACGAAGAUGUCCCCAGACUACAAAAACCCAUAUCUUCAUCAAAGGAAAGAUGUCAGUAAUGUCUACGGAUUGCAUAAUCAAGAUGCUGGCGAAGCAGAACAAAGAAUUAAGAACUAAUCUCUGGGAGGUGUUCCACCGCAGUAGCAUUCCAGAAGGGGAUCUCAUUGUGCUUGGCAUAGACCAAGACUCGUUCUCAUUUCUAAAAUCUGCAGGUGGCAAGGCACACUUAUUGUUUUCCAUGGUGCAAUUCAAGGUCGGGCACCGUCAGCUCGCGGCAAAAUCUCCCGUGGAGGGUUGCUCAACCAAAGUUGCAGCCUUUAAUAAUAUCACUACAGCGAACGCACAGGAGACAUCGCUACCGGCUGUAAUGGCCACCGCUCGGUCGUCAAAAGCAAAUAAUGUGGAUUAUUGGAUGUCAACUACGAACUCGUCGGAACACUCCGUUGACACCGACAAAAAAUUAUCAACAAGAUUAGACUAUGUCGAGGGAUUGUCUCCUUUUCGGGAGUAUAAACCCUUUAGCAACUAAAACUCAAAUACUAGGAAAGUAAAUUAAGUGUUGCCGAAGCAACGUAUCACUAGAAUCUGCUGGCGGGUCUGUUAGAGCAGACAUUUCAAAGAGGACUUCACUGUGGUGAAAAUUACCAACGGAUAAAUGGAUUUAUAAGUUCCUGCCAAAUUUUUAAAAACUCAUAAAAAUGAAUCCGGAAUUC